AGUUGGUGGAAAUCCCCACGUGGUUUCGACUCCUGUAUAAAAACUUUGGGUGCGCGGAGCCCCUGUUGUCGUGAUUGCAAAGCGAGAGAACAGAACAGAACAGGGUCUCAGUUGAGCAGCAGCAGCAUCUCACACCAGGACGCACACCGGAGCUGAGCCAUCCAAUCCACACAGCUGCGCGCACCGGACACCUACGGUACCCAUCAGGCGCAUCUAUACACACAGAAGACACAGGACGCGUCCUCUCUCUCUCUCUCUCUCUCUCUCUCUCUCUCUCUGGGACUUGCAGCUGGAGAAGAAGAAGAAGAGGAGUCUCUCUGCUCUGCAUGUCUAGUUUGAAUGGGACAGAGUGGACCGAACACCCGUGGACACCCACCGAGAGUUAAGACUUCUCUGCGAGGCGCUGGACUUUGUUUUGGUAUCUAGUUCCUCACUCAGUGUGUGAAGUGAACGUGGUGUGACAGAAGCGCGUCAACAAAUCCAAAACUUGUGAGUUGCGCGCUUGGACAAUCAGAGAGAUGAACUUUUAUUAGUGCAGAGAGAAAAAAAAAAAGACGCAUUGCUGGAUAACCUGAAUGCAUAAUGACUACUGGAGUUCAUUAGCUUUGCAGUUUCAGCAGCAGCACUCUUGUAUGUUUUGGGAAUACAAACAUUUCAUUGGCCUCUGUGGAUAUCUCGAGUUUGGAGCACAAGUGGAUGUCCUCCAGGAACUUUCCAAUUUGUAAAUCAAACUUUAAAAGCCCAGGGUGUGUGUCUAACAUACUCGCCCUUCUCUCCCAUAGCAUCUGGACUGUGAUCUUAAGUUUAGAAAGAUGAGCAUCAUCUCCUCCAGCGUGGCUUUGUGUGUCUGUCUAGUGUUGUGCGUCCUCUCCGUGCGCUCUGAUCAGACGGAGCAGACGGAUCAGAGCUCUCCUCCCCAGGAGUCGUGCGCGUCCUGCGGCCUCAGGUCGCCCGAUCAGUCGGAGCGGGUGAACAUCGACUUCUUGGAGGCGGUGAAGAGGCACAUCCUGAACCGGCUGCAGAUGAGAGACAGACCCAACAUCACCCAUCCCAUCCCCAAGGCUGCGAUGGUGACGGCGCUGCGGAGGCUGCACGCCGGCAAGGUGCGAGAGGACGGCCGGGUGGAGAUCCCCAGCUUCGACGGACAGGCUGCUUACAACAACGAGGUUCAGGCGGAGAACUCCGAGAUCAUCUGCUUCGCAGAAUCAGAUGAUCACACAUCUUCCAAGUCUGGUUUGUUCUUCCUGGUUUCCAACGAGGGCAACCAGAACCUGUACGUGUCCCAGGCGAACCUGUGGCUCUUCUUCCGUGUCCUGCCAGGCGGUCCUGAGAAGGGCCUCCGGAGGAAGGUGACGGUCAAGAUCCACUACCAGGAGGCUGGGGUUGCCACCAGUGCAGAGGGAGGCCCAGGAGGUGGCGGUGGCGGCGGCGGUGUAGGAGGAGGGGGGGCAACAGGCCGCUGGAUCCUGGUGGAGAAGCGGGUGGAUCUGAAACGCAGCGGCUGGCAUACUUUCCCCCUCUCGGAGGCGGUGCGGGCCGUGUUCGGGAAAGGCAACCGGCGGCAGGACCUGGAGGUCCACUGCGACGGCUGCGAGACGUCCGGCGUGGUUCCGAUUCUGGUGGACCCGGGCGACCCGUCCCACCGGCCCUUCCUGGUGGUGCGCGCGCGACAGGUGGACGGAAAGCACCGCAUUCGCAAGCGGGGGCUCGAGUGCGACGGCAGCAGCGGGGGCCUUUGCUGCCGGCAGCAGUUUUACAUAGACUUCCGCCUUAUCGGCUGGAACGACUGGAUCAUUGCGCCGGCCGGUUAUUACGGCAACUACUGCGAGGGCAGCUGCCCGGCCUACAUGGCGGGUGUGCCGGGCUCGGCUUCGUCCUUCCACACUGCAGUAGUGAACCAGUACCGCAUGAGAGGGAUGAGCCCGGGCUCGGUCAACUCCUGCUGCAUCCCCACCAAGCUCAGUACUAUGUCCAUGCUCUACUUCGACGAUGAAUACAACAUCGUCAAGAGGGAUGUGCCCAACAUGAUCGUGGAGGAGUGUGGCUGUGCUUGAGUCCACACACCGACCCCUUCAUUAUCUUUGAACUUGGAACAGUCAGAAAGGCCUUUUUGUACAAACAGGACGUUAUUGUACGGUACACAUAUACAAUAUAUCUAUACCUACUGUAUGUGCAAGCGACGCGCACACUGGUGCAUCCGGUACGUCUAGCAAGUACCAAUGUUGCGUCCAUGUGUGCGUUUGCACGUGUUUGUGCGAGUGUGUGUAUUUAUCAGACUGAGUGACAUGCUUGCUGUCCGAGUUUAGUCCGUUUCGGCGACGACUGGUCAGUGACGGGACGAGAAGGGAAUGAUUAUCACCAAAUGAUACUUUGCUCUAGUUUGCCAUUUCUAGUCAAAAAAUAAUGGCUCAUCAUCUCCUCUUGAAUGAAGAUAACAAGCGCUUAAGGAAAGUGACAGGAUCAGCCGAUGACAUUAUUGGCUUCGCCCCAACGCUCCCAACCCCGCUCCUCCAGCCCUCUUUUAAGUACUUUAAGCACAUGACAGACUUUUGUUUUUAUAAAGCACUGACAAUUCAUCAGCUUAUACAAUUCAGAACAGCAGCACUUCCCUACUAUGCCGACAGACACAGUCUGACUGUCCUCUCUGGUGGAAUUAGACCGGCAGCGCUUAAUGCCUGGCAGGAUUAUACCCCUCCACAGAAAAGGCGAAAGAAAGUCCUCCACAGAGCUGCUGCUGCCGUUGACUACGGGCCGCAACCUCGGCUUUCUGCCUGUCAAGAGAGCUGCAGGCCCUGCUACCAUGACAACCAGGUGAAGAUAGAUCUCAUAAGUGCACUUCACUUGUGCAACGGAGAGAGAGAGAGAGAACUGCUUCCUCCUGCCCCCCCCUUUAAGGCUCAGUAGAAGUGGGCCUGCGGAUGUGGAGACUCUAGUUUGGACCCAGUGGGUCGCCACAGUGCAGUGCAGCACUUGCAGAAACUGAAAUGCACACCCUGAAUAGCACUUGUAUAAAGAAAUGCCUUCCAAGGGGUACUGAGUGUCCUGUCCUAUCGCUAAAUAAGUGCCACAUGAGCUAUGCAAUGUAUAGUAACCUAUACCCCAUACUCAACAUGCUCUAUUAGACUGAUUCCUCUUUCCACCUUUUCUCUUCCUCUCUCCUUUCUUUUCUCGCUCCAGUCCUCCUGCUCUUUAUCAAUACUUGAAAUGUAAUCUUUCGCUUCCUUUCCAAAGCGAAUGAUUGUUGUGACGUUUGCACUGAAAAGUUGCGGGAUUAGUGAAACAAAAACUGCCAUUGAAAAGUUAUUUUUAUAGAAGUAAAUUGAAUUUUGUUUCAAAUGUAUUUUACCUAAUUAAUGGAACCAAAGAGGCCAAGAAUUUUAGCUAUUGUACUAAGAUGGCAAGGCCAUUGAGUUACUGUGUACAAUACUGUUUCUGAUCAUUUUGCAAUAGGCCUACCACUGUAUCAGGGUACGAUAUAUGAUUUCAUUUUCUUAGCUCUAUUUUCAUUCUCUGUUUUGUACAAUAAGCAACACUUUUCAUUGUUUUUCAUCUUUAAUUCUAUUUUUGUUUCAGUUUUCUAUUUAAUAAGAACGUUAUUUUUAGUUCCUGUCUAAGAAUCAUUUAGUCAAAAUAAAUGUCAUCUGUAC